AUGUGCACAGUACUUGAACACAAGCAGGAAUAUGGCUUCGGAUUGCGGCUGGACAAUGCCUGCUGUGAAAAACUGCCCGUCUCAGGAGCUGCUCCCAAACGUCAGGCAAGCGUGCGGCAGAACAGCGAAUCCUCCGCCUGGUACCGACAGUUUGUUUCUUCCACUUCACAGACCAACUGGAAGUUCUACGUCUUUAGUCUCAUCAUUGACAGCCUCUUUGAUUCCUACUGUGAUAAGCUGGCUCGACCAACACUGCUCCUUGCCGCAAUUGCGCCACUGUAA